AAGUAUAACGAGGGGUAUAUUUAUACCCCAUGUCUACAAAUAUCGCAACAUGUUUAAACCACAAAAUCUAAAGGGUGUACCAAAAGUCUAUUCUUUCUUAAAUUUCAUGCAGCCAAGUUAUAUAAAAUGAAACGUAAUGAUGAGUAACUCAAUUCUUCUUCGAACGACUAACAUAUUCUAAUUUGAAUGAUGUAACAGGACAUGUUGGAACAGAUACUUUAGCUACAACUGUUGAUUGAGCAAUGGCAGAAAUGAUGAAGAACACAAGUGCCUUAGAGAAAGCACAAGAAAAAGUCAGGAGAGUUUUUAGUGAGAAAGGUUAUGUGGAUGAAUCAAACUUUGAUGAAUUGAAAUACUUAAGAGCAGUCAUCAAAGAGACACUCAGGUUACAUCCACCUGCCCCGUUGUUACUCCCAAGAGUAAGUAGAGAAAAAUGUAAACUUGAUGGUUAUGAAAUACCACAAAACACUCAAGUUAUUGUGAAUGCUUGGACAAUUGGAAGAGAUCCAAGAUAUUGGGAUGAUGCAGAGUGCUUUAAAGCAGAUAGAUUUCUUGAUAGCUCAAUUGAUUUCAACGGGAAUAAUUUUGAGUACAUACCAUUUGAAGCUAGAAGAAGGAUGUGUCCUGGCAUGUCAUUUGGUGUAGCAAAUGUAGAGCUUCCAUUGGCUCUUUUUCUUUACCAUUUUGAUUGGAAGCUGCCCAAUGGGAUGAAACAUGAAGAAUUGGAUAUGAGUGAGGUAUACUUUGGCGUGGCAGUGAGAAGAGAACUUAAUAUGCAUGCAACUCCUAUUGUCUCCAAGUCUGUAUAACAAUAAUAAAAGCAUCUAUGUAUCUUGCUCUUUCUAAUAAAGAUUAA